AUGGCGCAGAUGUUGGUCCUCGCCGUGGUGGCUUGGCUACUCAAAGACUGCCUGGCGGACAAGAGUGGCUGUGGCAGCGGGCCCUUCUUUAUGCGGCCUCCCUUCAACGAGAAGCACAGCACAGACGUAUGCAAGACCUGCAUUACCUCUGCCGGAAACUGCCAAUGGUGCCCUUUUAGCCAAAGCUGCGGGCACAAGCGGUCUUGGGGACGUUCGGCCUCAUGCAUGAAUGAUGGGGAGUAUAAACCUGUAGAUGCAGGCAAUGGCUGUGGACAGACCCCUCCGUGGAUGGAAAUUCUCGACAAGAACUAUGGAGCAUCCUUGGAUAGCACCAACUCAGACAUCAUGCGAUGUCUUCAGGAUCGAGUGGAAAGGUGGAAGGUUGACAAGGCCCCGCAGCUACCGGAGACAUGGGAUGAUGAGAAGAUCUCAGACUUUUCCUGCCUGUCGGCACUUUUGCGAGAGGCAGUGACCAGUAGUUUGGGGAGCUCUCAGUCAAAGACCAAGUUCUCUGCCCUCAUCAUGAACAGUUCAAUGACCUCUUUGACCAGGGCACCGAUUCGUGCCUUGGGGGAUAACUGGGGGGAGCGGGAGCCUGAGAUGACCUUUUGUUCGCUCUUUGAGCAGUUCUUCCCCAAGGAGACCUGCAAGGCCUGGGUCUACGGUGAGAGCGACUUUGCGCAGCUUCGUCUCAACAAGGCCAGUCCUGGCAGGGCAGGCCCAACGGAUUUGUCUUCAGAGCUCCGAAGCUCCUUUCAAGGUGGACACCUGAGGCCAUCGCCUUUGGGACUCUUUGAUGAGGACAAGCUGAAGGGUAUUCUGACCACCCAUGACCAGAAAUACAUGAUUCACGUCGAUUUCAAUGAACUCAAGAACUUGAAGACCUUGAUUACUGGGAAGGAAGGUGCCAUCAGCUUGAGAGACCACCUGGAAGGAAAUUCCUACUCCCUAGUACAGCGCAUCUACGGCCUGGUGUACAUCAAGAUCUUGGGGGUGAAAGCAUAUUGCUUGGUCAUGAGCAAUGAAGGCUAUGGCCUUGGACUCAAGACCGCAUCCAGCAACGUGGCACGUUAUGACCUCAAGGGCAAGUCCAGGAGUCAGAGCAAAAAGUCAAAGAAUCCCCUGAUUGGGAAGAAUGGUGACUUUGCCGAGCGAGAAGCGAACCAGCUGCCGAUGAAGAAUUGGCAGUGCAAAUCCUUGCGGAAGAAGAUUGCCCCGGACAUUGCUUGGCUUCAAAGUCAUGGCAUGGGAGAUUACAGUUUGUACGCUGAGAUUGCCUCUGGUGGACAGAAUCCUGUGGGCUGCUCCGGCUUGCCAGGAGUUCCCUUGUGUAAUGUGAGGGAGGAGAAGACGACCACAUUAUCCAUCAUCGAUUUCAUGCAGGACAGGCGCUCCUCCUCCGCUGAGAAGUUUGGUUCACAGAUGCUCGAGUUGGUGGACACCAUUUGUCACAUUGACAAGCAAGAAUCAAUGGAGUCCUGGCAGAUUUACUUAAUUGUCGCUUGCUUUGCCACCUUGCUCCUUUGUGGAUCCCUUCUCGGCUGGAAGUACGGCGGUGCCUUCCUCCGCUCCGACCGCCCCCACGAGCUCCGCGACGUGGAGAUGACCGGGCUCGCGACGAGCGGCGUUCCGAGCGGGCACGGCGGUCCCUGGGCUCCGUGA